AGUAUGCAGAAAAGAAAGCAAAGUGAUCACUGAGUUAGUUCUUUCCUCCAUGGUAAAAUUUAGCAAUAAUGACAGAAUAUUGCAGCAUUUUCAGAACUUCCGUGAUUGUGAUGAUCUAAGUACUACUAGAUUGUUUGUUGUUCUUGAAGGAAUGCAAUAACGUGCACGGUGCUGAGCCAAAUCGCAAACACAAAAAACCAUGCCAUCCACGACUACAGACCACAGCAAUCAUGACAGUCCUAUGCAGGAGAGACAGGGCACCAGACCAAAUGGACAGCAAGACGAUGCUCAUUUUGACGAGCCAAAAGUCGCAACCAAAGAGCCGCUCAAGACUCGGAGGUUACAGAAAUUCUUCCGGAAGGCACAAACCAAACGCCACAGGCUACACUCAGACAGCUGUCCUAUGGAUCAGGCUAACAUCCUUUCCACUCUCUGGUUUUCAUGGAUGACGCCCGUCUUCUACAAAUCCUGGAAGGGAACGCUGGAGAAGGAAGACCUUUUCAGCUGCUCACCGUACGACAGCGCAAAAAAUAACUGCGACAGGUUGGAGCAUCUUUGGCAGAAGGAGUUGGAACGUCGCGGGCCAGAGAAGGCUUCCUUAGCUCGCGUUUAUUUCUGGUUUCUUGCCAAGCGGAGUCUCCUCAGUUGUCUGUUCUCCUUCAUUGCAAUCUUUUCCAACUGCAUCUCAUCGGCUGUGCUGGUCCGUCUCUUGUUGGAGUACUGCCAGCAGGAGACGGCCGACCUGGGCUACGGUCUGAAGCUGGCGGGGCUCAUGGUCCUAUGCCAAGUCGUGUUGGUCACGUUCAUGGGUUAUGGUUGGUACAUGAACAUACGGACCGGCGGUCGCGCCCGGGCGGCCACCGUCUGUUUAAUCUAUCACAAGACCAUUCGGCUUCGGACCAUGAAGGGUUUAUCUAUUGGCGAGAUCGUCAAUCUUUGUGCGAACGACGGCCAGCGUAUGUUUGACAUGCUGCUGUACCUGCCGCAUGCCUUAGCUGGUCCCCCGCUAGCGGCCGUGGCGCUAUUCUACACCGUUUACCUGAUCGGACCGGCGGCUCUGUUGGGAACCGGUGUGUUCAUUGUCUUCUACCCCCUACAGGGUUUGUUUUCCAAGAUUGUUGCUCAUUAUCGCCAGCGAUCCAUAGAACUGACCGACCACCGAGUCCGAUUGAUGUCGGAAAUCAUCAACUGCAUUAAGCUGAUCAAGAUGUACGCGUGGGAGGACUCCUUUGAAGCUAGCAUCGGGGAUAUUCGUCAUAAGGAGCAGGGGUGGCUAGAGAAGGCCGGUUUCUUCCAGUCCGUUUGCCACUCGCUGACGACCUUUGUGCCUAUCUUGUCAACCAUCUUGACCCUGACAUUGCACACGCUGCUUGGUUACAACAUCACCGCAGCUCAGGCGUUCUCCUACAUUGCAGUAUUGAACGCCAUCCGCUUCAUGAUCAUUGCGACUCCUUUGUCGAUCAAAGCUUUGACGGAAACAUUUGUGGCGUUUCCCAGAAUAAAGUCGCUCCUCUUAAUGGACGAGUUGGAAGAAUUCCAAGACAAACCGGAAGACCCUAAGUUGGCACUCAGCCUGAAGGGUACCACUUUCGCCUGGGAUAAAGAGGAACCCACCGGCACCCCUGAUGCACCCAAGGAGGGCACGGAAGACCCCCCGGGGGGUAGCCAAGGGGGCCAAGAGACUGUUAAUACAGGGGGCGGCGAUCGGGCGAGCAAACGACGCGAGACCGAGCCGCUGGUAGACCGAGAGGCUGCUAUCAUGGAGACCUUGUUUGAUAUCAACUUGGAUGUGCAAAAGGGCCAACUUUUGGGUAUCUGCGGUAGUAUAGGUAGUGGUAAGAGCUCCCUCUUGCAGUCCGUCCUGAGUCGCAUGAUCCUUAUGGACGGCCGCGUGGCCGUAGACGGCUCCUUCGCCUACGUCUCCCAGCAGGCCUGCAUCAUGAACGUGACGCUGAGGGAGAACGUCCUCAUGGGGGCGGAGUUUCAGAAGGGGCUGUACGACCGAGCCGUCCGUGUCUGUGCCUUGCGGGACGACCUGGAUGUGUUGGCGGACGGAGACGAAACCGAGAUCGGAGAGCAGGGCAUUAAUAUUAGCGGUGGCCAGAAGCAACGGGUCAGCCUAGCGAGGGCGGUAUACUCCGACAAAGACAUCUAUCUCUUGGACGAUCCACUGUCGGCCGUGGACGCGCAUGUCGGCAAGCAUAUCUUCUCGCAGUGCAUCGAGGGCGCCCUCAACGGCAAGACGAUCUUAUUUGUGACCCAUCAACUUCAGUAUCUGAAGCGUUGCGAUCGCAUCAUUCUGAUGAAAGACGGGCGUAUCGUGGAAGACGGUACUCACCGCGAGCUGAUGGACAACGGCAAUGAGUACUGCAACCUCAUCAAGACGUUUCACAACGAGGACACGGACGAGGAUAUCGAAGAAGGAAGCGGGAGCGAUGUCUCAAGUAGCAUGGUCAACGUCGGCGAUACCGGCUCAGAGGAAAACCCAGACGCGACCAGAGCUGAUACGGAGGAACUUACAGACUCCGGCAAGCCAUUACAAGACAUCGACAAUCAAGGAAAUAGAGAUAUUUCCAUUGAUGCCGACAUUGUCGAAAGCACUCCUCAAGCUGACCGAAGCUCGUCGCCAAAUAGCAACCACGAUGACGUAGAGAAAACCGGCGAUGAUACCUCCAUCCCGAGAAUUGUCAUCUCAGAGUCUGACGACGCCAACCAGAGCUUUGCGGAAACUGAACUAGACAAUCACCCCUUGGAAGUGAACGUUGACAAAACCGAUGAUCUCGAAGACAUCGAAGACGAUACUAAACAUCUCAACGAGGCAACCGCAAGCUUCCCUAGCGACCACGAGGACGCGGUUGCUAAGGAGGAGACGGCUAACGCUGACAGCGAUUACGACGACGAGGAGACGGAGUUCAGCGAGGACGACAAGUUUGUCAGUGCCGAAACGACGCCCGUCAAGAACAAACUGGCCCUUCGACUGGACUUCCUUCGAGUCCUCUCGGCGGACUCGGGGAGCUUGGGCGGGGGCGUUGAGUCUGAGGAGACGAUAUUCUACAGUGGCAAGUUAAUGGAGGAGGAGGAGUCAGGUGACCGGGGAAUCACCAUGGGAACCAUCAACAGUUACGUCCAAUCAGCAGGCGGGUUGCUGGUGACAGUCGCGGUGUUCGUGUGCUACGCUGUGUCGGUCGGCUUUGCCGUCUUCGCCAACUGGUGGCUGAGUUAUUGGCUGAACGCCGGUAGUGGGAAUACAACGAUCACCGUGGACAAUGUGACGACGAUCAGUGAAAGCAUCACAGACAACCCACGACUGCACGUCUAUCAACUCGUCUAUGGCUUAUCGGCAGUCGGGUCCCUUGCGGUGAUAGCAUUCCGCUGCUUCGUUUACGCCAAGAUGACCCUCAGAGCUUCUUCCAACCUCCACAAGAAAGUCUUCAAGAAAGUUGUCCUGAGCCCCAUGAGUUUCUUCGAUACCACCCCUCUGGGUAGAAUUCUGAAUCGUUUCUCCAAAGACUUAGAUGAACUGGACGUCACCCUUCCGUUCACCAUCAAUCCUUUCGUCAACAACAGUUUGUUGAUCCUCUUCAGUCUGCUGACGGUCACCUUCGUCUUUCCCCAUCUCCUCAUCGGGCUGGUCAUCAUCUUCCUCAUCUUCUUCCUCCUGAAUUUCUUCUUCCGGCACGGCGUCCGGGAGCUCAAGAAGUUUGACAACCUGGCGCGCUCGCCGUGGUUCUCGCACAUCACGACCACGGUCCAGAGCCUGCCCACCAUCCACGCAUACGGGAAACAGCGCGAGUUUAUACAGAGAUUCCAUGUCCAGUUGGACGACAGCACCAACGUACUGAUCCUCUUCUAUUUAACCAAUCGUUGGCUGGCGAUCCGCUUCGACUUCAUCACGAUUCUCUUGACGGGCGCCACAGCUUUGCUGGUGGUCCUGACCCAUGGGUCAAUCCCAGCAGCCACCGCGGGCCUCGCCAUCAGCUACGCAAAUCAGCUGAUCGGCAUAUCGCAGUACACGGUGCGCCUGGCGGCCGAACUCAACGCUAGAUUUACCUCGGUUGAAAGGAUUAACUAUUACAUUGAGAAUUUACAGCAAGAAGCACCGCGGACGAUAAAAAGCACCAAGCCUCCGUCCUCCUGGCCCUCGGAAGGCAGGAUCACGGUCAGGAAUCUCAAGAUGCGGUACCGGCAGAAUCUUCCCCUGGUCUUACGAGGCCUGAGCUUUGAGAUCAGGCCCAGAGAGAAAGUCGGCAUCGUUGGACGGACCGGGUCCGGCAAGUCAUCCCUGGGUGUCGCCCUCUAUCGUCUCGUUGAGAAAGCGUACGGUAGCAUUAUGAUCGACGGCACUGACAUCGGCCAGAUCGGUUUGUACGACCUUCGCUCCAAACUCUCCAUCAUUCCGCAGGAUCCCGUCUUGUUUAUAGGAACGAUCAGAUAUAACUUGGAUCCAACGGGCCAGUUUAAUGACGAGGAAGUAUGGAAGGCCCUGGAAAAAACUUACAUGAAAGAAACGAUCAGCGGUCUCGAUCAGCAACUCGAGGCGCCUGUCGUCGAAAACGGAGAAAACUUCUCGGUCGGGGAGAGGCAACUGCUGUGCAUGGCCAGAGCUCUGCUCCGAAACAGCAAGAUCUUAAUCUUAGAUGAAGCCACAGCGGCCAUCGAUACUGAAACAGACAGUUUGGUCCAGCAGACAAUCCGGCAAGCGUUCACCGAUUGUACUAUACUCACCAUCGCGCACCGACUCAAUACAAUCCUAGACUCCGACAGGAUUCUGGUUCUGAGUGACGGAAGGCUGGUGGAGUUCGACACACCGUCCAAGCUGCUUGCCAACCCGGCGUCGUAUUUCAGUGCAAUGAUGGCGGCCAUGGGUGACCAGACCAAAUAGAAUUGUCGGUCAAGUUUGUUGAAUGAUGUCUUGAACUCCGUCCUGUGCAAGAGCUAUUUUUUACAGGCUGGCUCGGGUGGGAUUUGAACCCACCACCUCGUGUGUACUAGUGCAGACAUGUUAACCACCGAGCAUGCUGGGGUCGGCUGGAUAGUCCGAAACUGAUAUAGAAAUGGGUACUGCAACCAAAGUACUUAUAAGAUUGAAUUUUGUGUCGGGGUGAUGUAACUUCAGUGUCUGGUUUUGCCCUUAGCUGAUUUAUUUUUAGCUGCGGGAUAGCAGCUGAACGAAUCAACAUGUCUCCCCGUAAGUCCGUUAGUUAGUAACAAACAUUGUCUUUGUCUAUUGCUCCUACAUACUUCGACAGAUUUCAACCAAACUUUGU